AUGGCGUUUCCACUAGAACAAAUGUACCGCAGAGACCUGCACCCAGUGAAUGAGAUAAAAAUACAAAAUGGUAUUUUUAGUACUGGACAAACUGUCGCUCAAAUAUGGGAUAUGAACGUUUUGGGAUUCCAAGACGAAAUAUUAGACCAUGAUACCCUCAAGUCACGACUUGCUAAACUGGAAAGUUUCUGGAAUACACCCGAUAAGACAAAGGAAUCAUUCGGUGGAUGCCGCAAAUUUAUUCUUGUAACCACCAUUGGAGAUCCUACCACUGCGUGGCGGGCUCUACAACUUCGUAUGGAUGCUCUAGGUUGCAUUGUUGAUAUGGCCAAAUUUAAUCAAGCCCAGUCUCAGAGGCUCUUUACAACAUGGCUACCGUCUAUAUCGACCUACAUUCAAUAUGACGACGACGACACGACCCCUACGCAUCUAAAUAUCGUCUUCCGGUGCCCAAAGAAUAGCAACUCACUCAUCUGUUCUAUGAGGAUACACCUUGCAUCCCUUGACUGCUUUGUCUUCAUGAGCGCAGUCUACGCGAAUGAUGCAAAAGACAUCCGAUCGCGAUGCAUAGCCAACAUUGAUCUGUUGCGAGUCCAUCCUCUUUACUUCCUAUCAAUCGUCUACGAGAACCGCUACGAGCGAUGGACCAACUGGAUCGCCAAGAUAUGGAAUGAAGUAGCCCUGAUAGAGACAGUGACAAAUAUGACGCAUCCAGAUUGGAGAGCAGGUUCAGUUCAGUCACACGAAGUGCGGUCCCUGUCGACCGUCGAGAGUUUUCUUCAUCAGCUGCACGCUACUAACCUUGAGUUAUGCCAUAGCAGAACUGUUAUGUCAUAUGCAUUUAGAUUCGGAAACCGUUGCUUGGAGAUUAUAAAUGAGAUGGAUGAAAUGCGGAGAGGUCUAGGGAUGACGUCUCUAUCCCCACGUCAAAGUUCGGAAAUGAAAGAUAAUUUGGAGGCAAUUUUAGAGCGGCUGACUUCGUUGUCAGAUCGUAUAUCGGAAUUGAAGCAAAGACUGUCUAGCCAGAUCACUGCGUCAUCUAGUUUGAUAGCUCAGAAAGAUAGCAGGGUCAAUCUAGCUAUUGCCGGACUACAAGCCAAUGAUAGUAGAACCCUCAAAGGUAUCGCAAUACUGACACUGCUAUUUCUGCCUUCGACGUUAGUCGCUUCUAAUCGAGGGCAGACUCUGUGGACCACAAACCUGUUUAAGUUUCAAGGCGCUACUAAUUGGAAAGUUUAUAUCAGCAUAACGGCUGUUCUCACAUUCCUGGUCAUCUCAUGCUCCUGGUUCUACACUCGACUCUUUCAACGACGAGAUAAUGACCGCUGGGCAAGGUUUGCGGCAUAUGAUCUUGGCUUUAAUGCAAACAGUAAACCUAUGUAG